GAAUGGAGUUUCUCCUUUGUUGGCUUCAAAAUGAAAAGGAAGUUCAUUAAACCAGAUGUGGGAGUAUGCCUUUACAUCGUUUAAAUGACUGCUGAACCUAGACUCGGAAAAUCAAAUGACGUCUAAAAUACAAAAGGUUUUCAGACAUGAGGACUGAGGAGUGUAAUGUUUGCACCCUUCUGAUCAAACGAUCUAGUGGGCUGUUUUCAAAUGGAGCUGGUACUAUAAAUAGAAAAAAUCUGAAAAUUCUCAGGAAGUUAUUGUGUCAGGACACCACCACGUUUAAGUGGGUUUGGACAAAGCAGUCAAAGUGUCCUAUUGCUUAUGAAAGGGGAAGGAUUUACUUUGACAAUUAUCGGAGCUGCUUCAGCUGUACCACCUCCGUGCCAGGCCUGCUGUAUGAAAUUCCAAAGUGUAAUAGAAUGGAAAAGAUUGAAGAUGCUUUGUUGUGUGAAUGCCCUGUGGGAGAGACACUACCCAGGCAUUCAGACUAUGGAGCUUCACUUAUAGCUUUGACUGCAAAUAACUGGCUUGUUCGUUUGUCAGCGAAUACAGGAGAAGUACUUGAAAAAGUCUAUCUUUCUUCUGAUUGUAAAUUCAGGUAUGUUACUUGGGAAGCUGCUCAGGAAACUGUAGUGGUAAAGUCUGCUCAUAUUAAAGGACCAGCAAGGUCCACGCAGACUGGUUCGCAGCACUCACUGCUUCUCUAUCUUGCUGUAUUUAAAGUUCUUCCUCUCUCAGUUGUGGGUAUGCUAGAAAUAAACAAAAAGAUUUUUGGGAAUACUGUGACAGAUGCAACAGUUAGUCAUGGAGUUCUUAUCAUAAUGCAUUCCACAGGACUGGUCAGACUCUACAGCUUCCAGUGGAUUAUUCAUCAGUUUAUGGAGAAGGAACUAAACCUGAGACAGGAGUGCAUCUGGAAUUUUGGAAACGGCAUUGUGGGAGGUUAUCCCUUUGGCAUUCCAUGCAACAUACGUAUAACAGAAAGUCCACCUGUACUAUUUGAAGUUUCAAGUCUGGAAAGUGCACUUCAGAUUGGAGGCUACCCCUGGCAUUACAUCAUGACCCCUAAUAAGAAAACUGAAAAAGGCAUCUAUCACAUUUGUGCAUUAAAGGAUAAUAAAGUGGCUACCAAUGGAAUACAGGAUAUGCAGUGUUGUUCUUUGGAAAGUGAUUGGAUAUAUUUUCACCCAGAUGAAUCUGGAAGGAUAGUGCAUGUUGGACCAACACAAAUUAAUGUCUUGAAGCUGACAGAUUUGCAGAAUGAGUCUGGUGACUGUCUAGUGACAGAAGACUUUAUUAUCCAAGCUAGGAGAGAACCCAAGGUAAAUCCUUUAGUAACUGUGACAACUUCUGGUCGAGUGGUGAAAACACGUUUUAGCCAGCUUGAUGAUGAUCCCGAAUUUGAGACAUUUAAAAAUGUGGACUAUGAAGAUGAACUGGAUCUUUUAGCAACUGUGAAAGUGACCCAGGCAGAAAUGGAAGGAGUUGCUUGCUUGACUUUCUACAAUAACCAGAAUGGAAGUUUAAUAAAAACACUUCCGUUAUUAGAAUCCUGGGAUGUGACCUACAGUCAUGGAUUGUUCUUUGAUAGAGAUACUAUUGUUCACAUAGAACAGAAACCAAACAGAAUUUUUUGCUGCUACGUUUACAAAAUGAUUUGUGGCACUCCCGAGGAAGAAAAAGAAAGCAAAAGAAGUGGAAGGAGAAGUUCACUGUACUGUGCAAAGCGUUCUUUGGAUUUGAAAUAGAUUAUUUUGUAUUACCUUGGCUAUUCCAGCACAAAUGGCGACUGCACAAUAACAUAGUUUUAUUCUUAAAAAUACUGGAGACAUAACUUUUAAUUGUUGCCCCUUACAAAACUCUUUAGCAGAUUGGCAUCUGGAUUACUAAUCUGCGAUCUUUAUUUUUGGAUUUUUGCAGUUUUCAUAAUGAGUGAAGUGAGAGCAGUUUUACAUUUUUUCAUAUCACUUCCAUCUUUGGAAUAGCAUAGUACUUCACGAGAAUGCUAAACUGGUGCUGAGAAAUUUGGAUUUUUCUUUUCUUUCAGCUCACAACAAGUUACCAAGAGCUCCUUCAGCAUAAAUGAUUUUUUAAGAGAGUAGUAGUUAAUGUUGUAGAAUAACACUGGAACCAAAGACUUCAGUUCAAUUUUAGAUUUUAAUCUGACAUUGAUGUACUGUGCAGAGUAAAUAGAAUUUGACAUUUCAAGAAGGUCAGAAUUUAUGUAAUGGCAUAACAGCGCAUUUUUAUAUCUUGUCAGCUUGCAAAAAUUGUCUUUUUCAUUUACCACCUUUUUAGCAAAGUUUCCUUUAAUGAGCUGUUGAACCGGUCACUUGUUUAGUUUCCCUUGAGUUAAAACUGAUAUAAGAAUCAUUGUGGGAAGAGUUCAUGUUAUGAGCAUGAAUUAGCAUUAGGCAGAUGUCGCUGCCCAGCCUGAUUAGUUUCAGGAGUCAUAUACUUCUGUGAUGCAUGAAUGUGAUCUGGAGCAGUGAACACUACAAGAAGCUCCGCUAUAAAAAAAAGUGCACAAAAAAAGAAAGAAAAAAAGAGUGCACCACACGUCUUACUCAAUUUUUGUCAACUGCAGUUAAUGGUCAUGCCACUUCAUUGUUGAUCAUUUCUAGGUCUUAUCCUUUUCUUUAUUAAGUAAGUGAUGAGUUUCUUUUUUUUAUCUAAACUGUGCACAUGGUUUACCAUUUCUAGUGAUAGCUGUAGAAGAAUUCCCCAAUAAGUCCUCUUGCAGGUGUUAAGAUUCCUGCCAAAAGCUAUCACUAUCCAUGUAUUUCUUAUUUAGGGCAGAAUGGCGAUAGAGCAGUUUAUGUACAUUGUGCUAUGUAUAAUAAAAAAAUAGAUAUGA